UUACGAACGACCUGUUUAUAUCCCCCCAAUCAAGUGGAAAUGAUGCAUGACAGGUAGUCAAGGCAACAGAUGGAUUUCUCUGAGGCUUACUCGGACACCUGCUCCACGGUUGGGUUAGCAGCCAGGCUGGGGGACCUGGUAAACCUACAAAACUUAAUCUGGCAAGGGAAGCCUUAUGAUGUUCGCGAUAACAGAGGAUGGACAGCUGUCCACGAGGCAGCUUAUGCUGGAAAUUCUGGUUGUUUGGAGUUUUUACUUCGACAGGAGGACACAGAUGUGAACUGGAAGACAUUUGAAGGAGAGACCGCCUUGCUAUUGGCAGCCAGGGCUGGACAUCUUCAGUGUACAAGAUUGCUGGUAAAAAGUGGGGCAGAAGUCAACAGUCCAACCAAUGAAAUGUAUACUCCUCUGUGGGAAGCUGUGGGUGCUGACAGUGUGAGCUGUGCUAAAUGUCUGCUGCGUCAUGGGGCUGAUGUCAACAGACAGGUCUUCACUGGGUACUCUCCACUUCAUUUAGCUGCAGAGAAAGGACACAGGACAUUAGUGGCAGUCCUGCUGGAUCAGGGGGCUUACUUAGACUUGGAGGCAGAUCACAAGUUGACACCAAUCUUCUUGGCCGCACAGUUUGGACACCUGGAGUGCCUUGAAAUUCUGCUGAAAUGUGCGAAAGAGCGAGGUCAGCUGGAGGCUGUGAACAAGACGACCACAGACAAUGCCACUCCCAUUUUGAUAGCCGCCCAGGAGGGAAACGAGGAGUGUAUAAAAAUGUUGCUGGCACACAAUGCCAAUCCAAACAUUCCAGUGACGGAUCACAUGGGGGUGGCAGCACACUUCACAAUCUAUAAAGAGCACCCAAGAUGCCUGAAACUACUGCUUCCUGUGACUGACAAAGACUAUUUGUAUAAAAAUGUGAGCAAGAACAUGCAUCCACUGAUUAUGGCCACCCAGGCAUCCACAACUAAGUGCUUGGAGAUUCUGAUAGAAAAUGGAAUGGACAUCACUGCAAAGCUUCCCCUGGGAGUAUUUGCACAUUCCAACCCUCUAUUCACUACCCUACAGUACAGUACAAAUGUCUCCAUUCUGUGUCAUGUGGCGUUACACUGGUCCCUCACUGGUGUUCAAUACCUACUUAAUAAAGGACUCUCCUGCAAUGCCCAGACGCCAGACGAGUUACCUCCCCUGUUGAUGAGUCUGGCCUCGGAUAACACAGACUUAUUUACUUUGCUUCUAAAAUACGGAGCCAACCCCAAUAUUUAUCAUUCCUUGGCCAAUGGGAAUGUUACUACGCUGAUGGCUAUAGAGAGGGAUUUAAAGACUCUGCUGACGGUCACUUCAAAUGAUGGAGUGACACGGGAGGUUUACGGAAAAUAUCUGUGCAAGCUUAUCUUAUCUAAGACAGACUUAGUGUCGUGUAUCAGGGAUAUUGACAGGGACCAAGAGGUGUUCAAAUAUAACCUAUACCAGGUGUUGAACAAGUGCACUAUGACUGUGACAUUGUGGCCCGUGCUGACACUGCUGUUCAGCUUCUGUAGCAAUCUGUCCAUAGGUCAGGAGUUCAAGAAACACGUCUAUAAUGAGGAAGUCGUCUCACACUUUAAUACCAUCGAAAACUCAACCCAGUCCUUGGCCCAUGCCUGCCGACGUUGCAUCGUGAUCGAUCUUGCCCUGAGGAAAAGGUACCAAGAAAACAGCAUACGCUCUCUCCCAAUUCCUGCCCUUCUUCAGGAUUAUCUCCUCUUCCAGGAUUAUGGACCAAAGACCAGUACAAUUAUCAGAAUGCAGAGAUGGACGAUUCAUCUGGAGGGUGGGCCCCGUCGUGUCAAUCAUGCUGCUGUUGCCAUUGGUGACAAAAUUUACAGUUUUGGGGGUUAUUGUACGGGGGAGGAUUAUGAAACCACUCGACCCAUGGAUAUUCAUGUCCUUGAUACAAUAUCUUUACGUUGGACACUGAUCCCCCCUGCUGCAGACCAGGAGAAUGUUCCUUACCAGCGGUACGGUCACACCUGUGUGGGGUACAUGGAUAGUGCUUAUAUCUGGGGAGGCAGGAACGACAAGGACGGGGCCUGUAACAUCCUGUACGCAUUUGACAGUGUAACCUUGAAGUGGUCAAAGCCAGAGGUGAAAGGGGACAUUCCCAAUGCUAGAGAUGGUCAUUCAGCAUGUGUUAUUGGGAAUAAGAUGUUCAUAUUUGGUGGAUAUGAAGAAGAGGUGGACCGUUUUUCAAAUGAAAUCCAUUGUUUACGAAUGAGUACAUUCACCUGGGAACCUAUAAAUGCAAAGGGACCCCCAGCACGCUGGAGAGACUUCCAUACGGCGACUGGGUUAGGAAAUCUGAUGUAUGUGUUUGGAGGUCGAAGUGAUUAUGGUGGAGAAAUCUUCACCAAUCAUGAAAUAUAUUGCAAUAAAAUACAAGUCUUUGACACAUCGACUUCACUGUGGGUAGAACCCGUGACGUAUGGGAUACAGCCAAUCGGGAGGAGGAGUCACUCAGCAUUUGUGUAUAAAGGAAACCUGUAUAUAUUUGGUGGUUAUAAUGGUCUUCAUGAUCUGCAUUUCCGAGACAUCUUUAGAUUUGAUCCAGUUCGAAUGCAGUGGUCAAUAAUUAAGGUUAAAGGUCAAGGUCCCUCUGCAAGAAGAAGACAAUGCUGUUGUGUGAUAGGAGACCAGGUGUAUUUAUUUGGAGGAACAAGUCCUGCCACUACGGGGGGAAGUACUGACUUUACUGAGAGUGACCUCAUAGACCAUUCAGACCUCCACGUUCUAGAUUUCUCACCAUCAUUAUCAACUCUAUGUAAACUCUGUAUAUUAGAAAACAAAAUAGAUGCGACAGCCCUGCCUAAAUUUAUCAGGUAA